AUGUUCCUACUUAUUGAUGGACUGUCUUGGCUGCUUGAAUGCCCACUACCAUUUCCUUAUACAAAAAUGUAUAAAGUGCCUUCACUAAGCAGCAAGCACCCACAUCAGACAGCAGUCAUGCAGGGCAGUCACAUUGCUGUCCUGAUCCUGGAACUUCUUAUAUGCUCAUAUGCUGCUGCUCAGCAAAUAUCAGGUAAGAGUUCCCUCUCAGAGAGGUGUGGAUGAUGAUGAUGAUUUCAAUUUACCGUAUUUUUUGCCCUAUAGGACGCACUUUUUCCCCUCCAAAAAUGAAGGGGAAAUGUGUGUGCGUCCUAUGGGGUGAAUGCAGGCUUUCGCUGAAGCCUGGAGAGCGAGAGGGGUCGGUGCGCACCCCUCUCACUCUCCAGGCUUCAGGAAGCUAUUUGCAAGCCUUGGGAGCCCGCGGGACUUCCCGCUGGGCUCCCUAGGCGUGCGGAUAGCAGCCUGUUCUGGGGGCUGGGGUCGGGGGAAGCUCGGGCUUCCCUCGCCCCAGCCCUUCGCCUGGGGGAAAAAUAAUUUUUUUUCUUUAUUCCCCCCCCCAAAAAAACACCUAGGUGCGCUCUAUGGGCCGGUGCACCCUAUGGGGCGAAAAAUACAGUAUAUACCGCCCUUUAGCAAAAGAUCCCAGGGUGGAAUUCCACAGCCCAAACAAAAGAAAAUGGUAUCACACAGCCUGAACAAUAUAAAAUUGCAUUAGAAACCGUACAGAAUGUGUCCUUGGACCUGAAAUUGAGAUUGAUCCAGCAAAAAUGACUGUUUCAAGUACACUGGACUCCACAACAUUUGUCUAGGAAGGAACUAAGAGCUUUGGCUGCUCAAACAAAGCUUUCCAUUUCUCUGUGGAACAUGAUGUAAGGUGGUUUUGGAUAGCAUGGGGGACUCGCAUCAAAUAUUAACAGUUUUCUCUCUCAUUAUAACAGGGAAAACCUGUGAGAAACCCUUGAAAAAUACAAGAAUUCAAUGGUUGUCUUCUUACUCAUUCCUGUUGCAUUUCUUCAAUAUUGCUACCUGCUUCUUAAGCCCCCUUUCAUUGUUUCUUUGCAACUUGAUAGUUCCCACCUGGAUCCCAAAGCACUGGGCUUGCCUUCUCCCAAGACACAAUGGGAUGUGUUAAAAGGACACAGCUUCCACCAUCUGUUGGAUUCACUGUGCUCAGAGGCAGCUCCUAGAGCUUAGCAAAAAUCACAAAACUCUGAGGAAAUUAAGCAAUUCUUAUAUGCUUGAAUAAGGAUGAGGUUGAGCAGUUAAGCAGCGCUUCCCUACUCAGCCAGCCAUCCCAACCAGUUGUGCCAUCAGCACAGGUCUUUGGAGCAGAUGUCAAGGGCCCUGCUCCGGAUUGAGCAGGGAGGGCCCUCAAACCAGUAGAUCUGGCUUAAGACAAUUUGAAGUAAGUGAAAUAAUAUGCAUUACCAUUAAAUCCAGAGUUUAACGCUGCUGACCUGCACCACUGAUCCCAGCUGACUCAAGAGGGUCAUUGCUGAGCUUUGUGGCUGGUCAAAACCCUUGAGAAUAAUAUCAGUCAGAAAAACAGGAUAGGUGCCUCAUCAUCAGUAGGAACAGGGUAGAAACUCAAUUUCUUUUGCAUUUAAAGGCAAAUCUACUGAAUUUGUACUUCCCGAAAUAAUAUGCGAACUGAAAUACAGCGCAGUUCUCCAGCCAAGUAAUGUGUACCAAACUGUAUAUACUAAAGUAAUGUGUGCAUAAAAAGGUAUAUUGGUAUAUAUAAAAUAUAUAUAUACAAAAUAUAUAUAUAGAUAUAUAUAAAAAGGUAUAUCAGUGACAAUGGCAUACAAAAUGCACUAUAAUAAAUAAUAAUAAUAAUAAUAAUAAUAAUAAUAAUAAUAAUAAUAAUUUAUUAUUUGUAUCCUGCCCAUCUGGCUGGGUUUCCCCAGCCACUCUGGGCGGCUUCCACAAAGACCAAAAAUGCACUAAUAUGUCAUACAUUAAAACCUUCCCUGAACAGGGCUGCCUUAAGAUGUCUUCUGAAUGUCAGGUAGUUGUUUAUCUCUUUGACACCUGAUGGGAGGGCGUUCCACAGGGCGGGCACCACUACCGAGAAGGCCCUCUGCCUGGUUCCCUGUAGCUUUGCUCCUUGCAAUGAGGGAACCGCCAGAAGGCCCUUAAAAUGUUAAGUGUUGUUACGCAGUAGUUCAUGUGGAUGGCGAUAGAUGGCGAUGCGAACUACAAUCUGAAGACAGAAUUCUGAAAAGUGACUAAGUCAUUGCAGCAGCUUGGGAGUGCAAGAGGAGGGAGACUGGCUGGCUGGCUGGCUGGCAGGUAGGCAGGCAGGUAGCCCAGGUGAGUGAGUGAGUGAUUGCACAGGUCACCCAAGCAAAUGCCAUGGGUGGGCAUGUGACCCCAGGGGAAGCAGCAGAACAAGAGGGAGUGUGGAUAAGCCCUCAGUUGUUGUAUGGGAGACUUCCUUUGGACAGCCAUGUUCAGGUGCAACACACAUACUUUACAUUUCCCUUCUCAUUUUCAUGCUUUGCAAACGCUUCUGCAUUCCUGACAGGCUGAGCAACAAACAAAAGUUUGCCAAGUAUGAUAAAAGAAAACAAGAAAGUUUCUGAGUGUGUGUAAUGUCAAACUUACUCAAAUGGUACCACUAUCAUGACUACAGAAAUAAAUGGUGGUUUGUUUCUGCUGCCUUGAUGCUAAACAAAUUUCCUUGGGAACAAGUACCAGUAUGUUGUAGAAAAGGAUAUGUUUUAUCACGUAAAAGUAAGGGCAGACCCACUGAAAUUAACAAACCUAAGUCAUGUCCAUUACCUUCAGUGGGUCUACUCUGAGUAGGGCUAGCGUUGGAUACAACCCAAGGGCAUUGCGCUGCAGAGGUUGGGAAUUGUCUUUCUGCCAAAGGGCUGAAUGAAUGCUCCGUCCUAGUGGUGGAUGUGACCAGAUGUAAAAGUGCCCGGGUGUUGAAAUCCAAUGUCUUCAUCCCUCACCUAAAUUUAAUCCAGGGUUAUCAUUUCCGUAGUGUUUCUCUUUUGGGAGGGAAAAAAACCACUUUUUUGGAUUUUCCACAGAAAGGGUAAAUCUGGAUUAAACGGAAAAAGAAUGUGUGAUGGCAUUUUAAUGAGGACAAAACUGUAUAGAAACUGCGUAAGACUUGCAUGUAUUAGCAAGUGCGUCCACAAUAAACUGCUUCCUCAGGGUGUGAUAAGGAAGUUUCUCUCUCUCUCUCCCCUUGUAGGAAGAUAUCCUUUAAAAUGCAAACUCCCUACAGAAACAGGAAAAUGCAAAGCAAGCUUUCCAAGAUUUUACUUUGAUCUCCACACCAGGAAGUGUGAAGAAUUCGUUUACGGCGGCUGUGGAGGCAAUGCUAAUAACUUCAGGAAUCCGAGGGAUUGCAUUUGGGAAUGUGAAAGGUUUGGUAAGGGAAAAUGCUACCUUUUGGGUCUCAUCUGGACAGCCAAGAGCCUGCACUUUAUUCUUAACAGGCUGAGCUGCAGGGGUCACCAGUAUGAUGCCCUUGGGUAGAAUAGCACCCCGGAGGUGCCUUUCUUUUUGCAGUUUCAGACUAUUUGAGCGGCACAGUGGUCAGUCCCCCUGGAAGAUGUGUGAUGAAUUGCUCAUCAUUUAAUCCGCUUUCAUUCCUGGAGGAAAGGGCUAUUAAAUUACUCAUUUCUUCCAUUAUUUUCUCUGUUCUGUACAAUGUGGAAAAAUGGGGGCACUUACUGAAGAAGGAGCAAGGGGAAAAAAAUCAGGAUUCUUCUUUUGCAACUCUACUUUCCCCCAUAUAUCUAAUCGCCAUAUGCUACAAUGGUAUUGGAGAUAAUGUGGAAAGGUAGGACCAGACAUUUAAGCAAUAAAUAAAAAGAAAGAUGGCUGUAGCAGAACCAUGAGGGCAGCCUGCUCAGAACUGGAACCUUUUUUGGUCUGUGUGAUUUUAUUUAUUAAAAGCAUUUUAACCCAGAUUGGCUUUCAUUCAGAUCAAUAAAAAAACCAAGAUAUUCCCUGCUCACAUGAUGACAAUCUAAAAAAAAAAGGCACAAAAGGCAAAAGGGGAUGGAGAGGGAAGAGGGAAAGCAAACUCAGACACCAGUUUAGAAAGAUUUUGCCCAUCUCUCACGGCCAGCACUUGAUCCCUUUCCAGAAGUCCCUCAUUUCUCACUUGGAAAAGAUUAUCUCAGGGUUUGGAAUCACAAACAAGACAUCUUCCAAUACUGUUAUCUUCUGUGUUUCAAAAGGUGAAAUUUCAGAUAUGAGCCUUGCCUUCUUCUCUCUUCUUUUUUCAGAAUUGCUGCCUGAAAAAUGCAAACUCCCGCUAAACAAGGGAGUACGGGGCAGAAAAACCACACUGAGAUAUUUCUAUGAUUUCAAAAAGAAGAAGUGUACAAUGUUCCUUUAUUAUGGCUUUGGAGGCAACAAAAACAACUUUCUGGAUAUUAGACAAUGUAUUCGAGAGUGUGCAGAUGUUGGUAAGCACAAAUAAAUUUGUGGGCUUUCCCAGGCAGCCCUAAAUGUCCUACACUUUAUUCUAACCAUUAGUCAUGGACAAGUGCUGUUUGAACUCCAGCGACGCAAUUGUCUGUUCUUUCCUAGGCCACACCUACCCCAUGCAUUUUAAAAAGCACUAUGAUACCACUUUAAAGUGUUGUGGCUUCCCCCAAAGAAUUCUGGGAACUGUGAUUUGUUAAGGGUGCUGAGUGUUGUUAAGAGAACCCUCCUCCCUUCGCAGAGAUUUAACAACCAAUCCUUCUUCACAGGGAACCUUGGAAUCUGUAGCUUUCUGAGGCGGGUACGGUGUCCUGACAACUCUCUGCACCUGAACAAACUAGUUUCUAGGAUUCUGGGGGGGGGGGGGAGUCAUGACUCUAUCAUAACACCUGAAAGGCAUGGUGUGUCAAUUUGGCUAAUUCUAAAUAUUCUGAAAGAUAUAAGAAGACAAAAACCAAAAAGUGAAGUGAAAAAGGAAUGGGAGUGCCUAAAUGAAUACCUUAAAAGCCAAGGUUCGAGGACGGAAAUCUGGAAUAACCUUGUGAAGUGAAAGGAUAAGAAAGAGGGAUUUAUAUCUAGAUGCUAGGAUAGAGAUGAUAAGGAAAACAGGGUGAUACAAUGAGAGGUAAAAGAGGUGCUGUGGGAUUGGUGGAAGUCAAUGUUUGUUUUUCUUUUUAGUGUUUAUAUUAUUAACUUGUAACAUAUGGAUUUUUUUUUUGUAUGCUGGUUUUUGUGUUUUGUGUAUUGUUAUUUUUUGAUAUUUUUCCUGUUGUUGUGUGGAAAAUACUAAUAAAAUUUAUUAUUUAAAUAAUAAUAAAAAUAAAAGUAAAAAAGAAAGGCAUGGUGUGAAUGUGGCCCCAACUGAGUCGCCUUGCUAUAGGAAAGGAAAUCUGCCAUGAGAAUGGGGGUGGCAAUAGCUAGUUGACUGUGUGUUCGCUUUUUAAAAAAACCCUCAGAGGGGAUUAAUCUUAUUGUUCUGGAGAGGAAGAAACACACAGGUUUCAAGGAAAAAGAAGGAAAGCCCUUGAGCUCUAUUUAUCUUCAGUAUUGAGAUUCUAGCAAUUGUUUCAUCAAGUUUGGAGAAGCUGCGGCUUUCCGGAUGCUGUUGGACUACAACUCCCAUCAUACUGUUGUCAUCUGGCAUCUGGAGCAUCACAGCUUCCUCAUCCUUGUACUAAAAUGUCCACUGCAGCCGCAAAGGCAGGGGACACACUGGUCCAUGGGACUUCUCUGCCGACAGCAGUCUGCCAUCAGCCAGCCAACAGCUGCCUAUUGUGAUUUGUUGUUGUUUAGUUGUUUAGUCGUGUCUGACUCUUUGUGACCCCAUGGACCAGAGCAUGCCAGGCACUCCUGUCUUCCACUGCCUCCCGCAGUUUAGUCAAACUCAUCCUGGUAGCUUCGAGAACACUAUCCAACCAUCUCGUCCUCUGUCAUCCCCUUCUCCUUGUGCCCUCCAUCUUUCCCAAUAUCAGGGUCUUUUCCAGAGAGUCUUCUCUUCCCAUGAGGUGGCCAAAGUAUUGGAGCCUCAGCUUCAGGAUCUGUCCUUCCAGUGAGCACUCAGGGCUGAUUUCCUUAAGAAUGGAUAGGUUUGAUCUUCUUGCAGUCCAUGGGACUCUCAAUAAUUCAAAAGCAUCAAUUCUUUGGCGAUCAGCCUUCUUUAUGGUCCAGCUCUCAUUUCCAUACAUCACUACUGGGAAAACCAUAGCUUUAACUAUACGGACCUUUGUUGCCUAUUGUGAUACUUACAACCAUUCCAGAAGAUGGGACUGGCUGUCCUUGCCUCUGGCUCCACCUGCUGACUGCUGAGGUAGCUCAGUCGACAGAGCGUGAGACCCUUAAUCUCAGGGGCGUGGGUUUGAACCCCAUGUUCGGCAAAAGAUUCCUUCAUUGCAGGGAGUUGAACUGGAUGAGACCCUCGUAGUCCCUUCCAACUCUACAAUUCUGUGAUACUGUUGGGGUCCAUGUCUCUCCCCCCCCCCACAAGUCCCAAUGGGCACCAGAGACCACUGGGCACAGGGAACUGGAGAAAGAUUGAGCAGAAUAGCACUGUACGCCGACCACGUUGCAUUGAAACCAAGAGAUCCUUUCAGUGAGGCAAGUUCUAAUCAUUAUUCAGUAGUAUAGCUACAGCAGGUGUCCAGAUAUAAACUUAGGGUUCUACUCAGAGAACACCCACUGAAAGUAAUAGACAUGGCUGAUAGUGCUAUUACUUUCAAUGUAAUGGGUCUAUUCUAGAAUAGAGGUUAGUUGGAAAUGACCCUUAUUUAGUUGGAAAUGAUUGAAAUACUUUGUAUAUUUAAAAGUUAGAUAUAGAUAUUGAACAGCAAGCUUCCACUUCCUUCAAUUACAACCUUUUGCAAUGUUCCUUAAGGUUAUGGCUAACAUAUUUUAUAAUAAUAAUAAUAUGCUUUUGCCAUAGUGUUCUCUUUUUCAAAUGGUGCGAUUAUAUAUAUGAGCCUUUUGCCUUUGUUUCUCCCCCCCUCCAGUAUAUAUGCCCAAGAGAUGUAAGCUCCCUGUAGUCAGCGGACCCUGUAGAGCGUACAUUCGUCGCUACUUCUAUAAUACCAAGACCAAUAGGUGUGAGCUGUUUAUCUAUGGUGGCUGUAUGGGCAAUGAGAACAACUUUACACAACGGAUAGAUUGCAUCCGUCAGUGCCAAAGUUACGGUAAGACAAAAAACCCCUCACAAUCGACAGCACCUACGGUACAUUCUUUCCCCCAGAUAAUUCUGGGCAUGGUAGUAAGGGUUGUCGGGAAUAGUAACUCUGAGGGGUAAACAGCAAUGUUGAGAACUAUUUGAGGGAAAUAUUGUGUUUUGAAUGUAUAGUGUGCACACAGCCCUAGAGUGCAGGGAGACUUGUAAAAGUAAAGGGACCUCUGACCAUUAGGUCCAGUCGUGACCGACUCUGGGGUUGCGGCGCUCAUCUCGCUUUAUUGGCCGAGGGAGCUGGCGUACAUCUUCCGGGUCAUGUGGCCAGCAUGACUAAGCCACUUCUGGUGAGCCAGAGCAGCGCACAGAAACACCGUUUACCUUCCCGCCGGAGCUGUACCUAUUUAUCUACUUGCACUUGAUGUGCUUUCAUGUGGCCAGCAUGACUAAGCUGCUUCUGGUGAACCAGAGCAGCACACGGAAACGGUGUUUACCUUCCCGCCGGAGCGGUACCUAUUUAUCUACUUGCACUUUGACGUGUUUUCGAACUGCUAGGUUGGCAGGAGCAGGGACCGAGCAAUGGGAGCUCACCCCGUUGAGGGGAUUCGAACCGCCAACCUUCUGAUCGGCAAGUCCUAGGCUCUAUGGUUUAAUCCACAGCGCCACCCACGUCCCUCUAGGGAGACUUUUAAGUGUCUUCAAAUGAACAAUGCAGCAAGAUCAGGGUUAGAAGCACGACCCUCAACUCCAACAGGGUUUUGUUCUGCUACUUCAGGAAAGUUUUUAAUAUUUGACGUUUUAUUGUGUUUUCAUUAUUCUGCUAGAAGCCGCCCAGAGUGGCUGGGGAAACCCAGCCAGAUGGGUGGGGUAUAAAUAAUAAAAAAUAUUAUUAUUAUUAUUUUACUGUCUGACGAGGGCUAAAGUAUGGAGAAGUGCCUCAAAAGAAUGUUGAAAAAUGGCAGGCUAGUAAACAACAACACACAAAACUAAUGACAUUUUUUUUUCUUUUUACUUAGUAACAUCAAGGUACUUGAGCAAAAAACCUUGUGUUAAAUUUGUUGCCAUUGUGUUGUCAAUUAGGAUGUGGAGAUAUAGAACAUUUCCAGUGAUUAGUGGUCGUUGUUUUACAUUGUAUGGUAUGGUGUUGUGGGCAAGGGCUAACUGAUGAAGACUGAUGGGACCUGAUUCCAACUCCAUAAAAAAACCACCCCCUAAUGGCUACUGGAGCUCAGGAAUAGGAAUAGCCUAUGUCCCACCUUAAGAAUAGUGUGCAACCUUCCUUCAGAUUUCUUUAGCUUAUAUCCAAUUAAUUUCUACUCUCAGUUGACUCACUGAACCUCAGUUGGUCAUGUGCAUGAAUUUCAAUGCUUCUAUUAUCUGAAUAGGACUAGUGUUGGGUACAGCCCUUCAUGACCAGCUCUCCUUUCCCCCCUCAGGUCCACGUGAAGACUUUGACCCCAAACAACGAUUCCCCUGA